GUCUGUUCGGUACUCCGCCGAUAUUUCCUGUAUUUCAAUUGUCUGAAAAUUCGAGAAUAACUCGGCCACGCAACAACUGAACAUGUACGCGAAAGGUAAAGGUUCAACUGUACCCUCGGACGGUCAGGCUCGUGAAAAACUCGCACUUUACGUCUACGAAUACCUCCUUCAUGUUGGAGCACAAAAAGCUGCACAGACAUUCCUUUCGGAGAUUCGAUGGGAAAAAAACAUCACCCUUGGAGAACCUCCCGGAUUCUUACACUCCUGGUGGUGUGUUUUCUGGGACCUGUAUUGCGCCGCACCAGAGAGACGCGAAACGUGUGAACAUAGCAGCGAGGCCAAAGCUUUUCACGAUUACGGAUUCGUUAACAGCGGUUACGGCGUGAACGGCAUUGCACACAAUGCUGGCGCAGCGCCCUCUCCGCUCGGUCAGAUGCCGCCCAACGACGGCAUGCCUGGUGGCCCGAUGCCCCCAGGAUUUUUCCCAAACAACUCGACAAUGCGACCAUCUCCGCCCACACACCCCUCAUCACAGCCAUCUCCUCAGCACCCCCAGCCACCCCCGCCCCCACACUCGCAGAUGAUGUCCACCCAGUUCAUGGGACCAAGAUAUCCUGCUGGACCUCGGCCCAGCGUUCGCAUGCCACAAAUGGCAAACGAUUUCAAUGGGCCUCCUGGACAACCAAUGAUGCCGAAUAACAUGGAUCCGUCAAGACAAGGCGAAGCUGGAGAGUUUGUAGGGUGGCAAGGACCUCCAGGCAUGAAUCCGAUGAAUCCGCGAAUGAACCCACCUCGCGGUCCUGGCAUGGGACCCAUGGGACCUGGAAGUUACGGACCCAGCAUGCGAGGCCCGCCGCCCAACAGCAGUUUGGGACCAGGAGGUCCCGGCGGUCCAGGAAUGCCACCAAUGAGCAUGGCUGGACCGGGCGGAAGACCACAGUGGCAACCGAACACGUCAACGCCGAUGAACUACUCGUCGUCAUCACCUGGAAAUUACGGGGGUCCACCGGGAUCAUCGGGUCCCCCGGGACCAGGUACACCGAUAAUGCCGAGUCCGCAAGACAGCAGUAACAGCGGUGGUGAAAAUAUGUACACCAUGAUGAAACCCGUGCCGGGAGGAAACAUGCCUGGUGAUUUCUCAAUGGGCGGUGGACCCGAAGGCGGACCUAUGGGUCCCAUUGGUCCCAACACAAUGGGCCCGGUAUUGAACGGUGACGGUAUGGACGGCAUGAAGAACAGUCCGGCAAACGGCGGUCCGGGAACACCGCGAGAGGAUAGCGGAAGUGGGAUGGGCGAUUACAAUCUCGGCGGUUUUGGUGGCCCAGGCGAGAAUGAUCAGACCGAGUCGGCUGCCAUACUGAAAAUCAAGGAGAGCAUGCAAGAGGAAGCGAAGAGGUUUGAAAAGGAUUCAGAUCAUCCAGACUAUUUCAUGCAAUAAUGAUAUAUAGAGAAAGAAUUAUUAUUAUUAUUAUUAUUAUUAUUAUUGUUAUUAUUAUACAUAUAUAUGUAUAUAUACAUGUAUAAAUUUCACAUGUCUAUGUAUACGUAUGUAUGUAGAUAUAUACAUAUACAAAUACAUAUACUCGUAUACACACAUAUAUAUUUAUAAUAAUGCCCGAAUGAUUUAAUUAUAAUGAUUUACGUAGACCUACACAUGUCCAAUAACAUUAUAUUCCCACGAACGUAACAACGACGACGACGACGACGACGACGACGACGACAGAGACGAAAAAGCAGGAGACGCAAAAAAUUUUGUUGGUAACGAAUACGAAAACAUUGAAAACGAGAAAAAAAAAAAAAACGAACAAAACAAAAGCACGAACCAUUCCAUCAAAUAUUUGUAAACGGUGUUGAAUACAUCGUACGACGUAAGGAAUAGGACAAAAAAUGAAAGAAGAAACUAUACAAAUAUACACGCGUACGGAAAAGAUAUUUAUGUAUAUAUAUAUAUAUGCCGGUAUGUGUAUAUAUAUAUAUGUAUAUAUUUUAGAUGUACGCAGACAGCAGCGACAAAGCAAAGAAAACCGUACGCGUAAAAAAAAAAAAAAAAGAAAGAUUUCUUUUUUUUUUUCUUUUUAACGCGUUUAUUGUCCCUCAGUUCUAUAAAUAUAUGAUCAUAUAUUCGAGAGUCUUUGUACGUAAUUUCGAAAAGUAUUGCGGUUUACUUUAAUAGCACCGAAGGGAUGUUCGUUGAUCAAUCAAUUUUUAAUUUUCGUUCCCGUUGUCAGUUUGUUAUUUAUUGAUUUUUUCUUCAAUGCAAAGGGUUAUAUUCGCAUAGAAUAAUGAGAAAUGGAGAUUUUAGUAUGGUUUGGAAAAUAUAAUCAAUACCUCUUCUGUAUCGUUUUUCUCGUCCCCCGGUGGUUUUUUUUUUUUUUUUUUUUCGUAUUUGACUUUUACCCCAAUCUGGAUCGGUAAAACGACGAACCUUUGAAUCGCGAUGACGAAAAACAAUAUAUACGUACACAUGUGUAUAUAUACGAUACAGUAUAUAUUUAAAAACAAAAAAAAAAAAACAAAACAAAAAAGAAUCGCAAAAAUUAAAACUGUUAUUUAUUGGAAUACUGCGUUGAUCGGCAGACGAUUGUUUUUUUUUUUUUUGUUUUCUUUUUCCUAAAUACGAUCCAACUGUUUCAAUUUAAAAAGAAGUAAAAUGGAAAAUAAAAAAAAAAA